AUGGGCGGCAGCAGCACCAGCACCUUCGUCAUCAGGUGGAUCAACUUCCUCACCAUGAUACUGGCGAUACUUGUGGUGGGUUUUGGGUUCUGGAUGAGCACCCACAAUGACGAGUGCCGACGGUCACUGACGAUCCCUGUCAUGGGUCUUGGAGGAGUCAUUUUUCUCAUGUCGCUGGCGGGAUUCGUGGGUGCUUGGAAGAACAUUUCCUGCUUGCUUUGGACAUAUCUAAUAAUGCUGUUCGUGGUCCUGGUGGCAAUCAUGGUCUUCACAGUGCUUGCGUUUAUCAUUACAAAUACUGGAACUGGUCAUGCUGUCCCUGGGUCCAGCUAUAAAGAGUAUCGUCUUCAGGACUACAGUUCUUGGUUCGUCAAACAGCUCAAUGACACUGAUAAAUGGACUCAUCUGAGAAGUUGCCUUGUGAAGUCGGAUGAUUGCAAUAGCUUGUCAAAAAGAUAUAAGACUCUAAAACAAUACAAGCUCGCUGAUUUGACUCCCAUUGAGUCUGGCUGUUGCCGCCCACCAGCGGAGUGUGGAUAUCCAGCUUUGAAUGCUUCCAAUUUUGAUCUGAGCUACCAUCCGGUGAGCACAAACGUCGACUGCAAACUGUACAAAAAUGAUCGGUCCCUCAGGUGCUAUGACUGUAAUUCUUGCAAAGCUGGGGUUGCACAAUACAUGAAGACAGAGUGGCGGGUGGUUGCCAUCUUCAAUGUGAUAUUGUUUGUCAUUUUGUCAUUCGUGUACUUUGUUGGCUGCUGCGCACGUCGACAUGCUGGAGGUAGCGAUUCUAAAGUUCCUGGAAGAUGA